CUUGCUCGAAUCUGGGCUCGUUGACCUCUCUACAGGCCUUGUUGCUGACAGUCAUCUGCAUGCCGCUUACACGUCACCUGGCAGAUUCACUCCCAUUCCGCUUUUCUCGAUCCGACGCCUUGCGUCCCAUACUUCCUUCCCCUCACUCCAUUGACAUAGAAAGCCUACCGAUUCCUGAUGCUCCGGGGAAUUCUGCAAUUCCUUGACACUGCCACCUUCUGAAGUGCCCAACAAUUACCGGUACCACUCACUGCUCUUCACAAGUGAAGUCCACUGAAUCCGCGCCCUCCACCGCGAGCUCCGCAAGUCGCAUACCACGAGAAUCGCAAUGGAGUCGCAGGCAGAUCCAGCCCAGUCAAUCAGCGCGGAUGAGAUCGCUUUGUACGAUCGUCAAAUCCGCCUCUGGGGAGUCAAGGCACAAGAAAAACUACGAUCCGCUAAUAUACUUCUUAUCACGUUCAAAGCGCUGGCAAACGAGGUUGCGAAGAAUCUAGUGUUGGCAGGCAUUGGUUCCUUGACGAUCAUUGAUCAUGAGCUUGUCACAGAGGAGGACUUGGGAGCGCAAUUCUUCAUCAAUCAGGAACACCUGGGCCAGAAUCGGGCACAAGCGGCAGCACCCUCUGUUCGCGCCAUGAACCCUCGGGUCCAGCUUCACAUUGACACCGAAGACGUCCAUCUAAAACAGCCGGACUUCUUUGCUCAAUUCGACAUUACCAUCGCAACAGAGCUCGACUUCGCUACAUACACAACGAUCAAUGCGGCGUGUCGCAUUGCCAACCGCCCCUUCUAUGCUGCCGGAUUGCACGGGUUCUAUGGAUUCGUCUUCGCCGAUCUGAUCUCGCACGAUUUCGUCAUCGAGCGUUCCAAGUCAAACGUCCCGUCCCCCACGCAGGAAACCCCCACUCGCAGCAUCCUACAUAUCACCACCAAGAAGGACAACGAGAAAGUUAUCGAAAUGGUGACCAAGCGGGAGGUAUAUUCCCCACUAAUCCUCGCCAACACCUCACCCCUCCCCGAGGACUUCACCCGGAUCGCACGGAAACGCAAACAAGUGACACCUCUCCUCACCUGCCUCCGUGCCCUAUGGGAGUACCAAAAGUCAUCCGGCGGUGCCCUACCAACCUUCUCCCACCAAGACCUGGAAGUCUUCACGAAACACGCCCGUGACUGUCACCAGGAACUAAAACUCGACAUCACCACCCUGGACGCAGGGUUCCUGCGCACCUUCCUCCAGAACCUGGGCAGUGAGCUCAGCCCCGUGGCCGCAUUCGUAGGCGGCAGCCUCGCCCAGGACGUAAUCAACGUGUUAAGCGCAAGAGAGCAACCCCUCCAGAACAUGCUCCUCUUCGAUGGCGAAAGAUCUGCCGCUCCCAUCUACCCCUUACAUCCAUUCUUCCCUCCCGAAGUCGAGAACGUCCUCCCGACCGUGCUUCCAGUCUCCAAUCCGAUCUCAUUGGACGGCGAGCCAGCCAUGGCACCCUCCCUGCCCGCCCAGUAAGCGACAGCCUGGGUAGUAUUCCCAUGAUGGCAUUGGCGCUCUUUCUUUGCAUAUGGGUCUCCCUCCAAUUGGUGGGGUGGGAUCCGCUCACGACGUGUACGAUAGAUCUGAUAAAACGAUUUCCGGGGAAAUAUUUACACCCAUUUGGAGCAUUUUACUUUACUUAUACUUUGUCUCUCUAAUGGUCCUACAUCGUG